CUCCGAGUGCCAGCCCGCGAGGACCUCACAGAGCUCUCCGCAGAGGGUCCAGGCCCACUCCUUUGGCCAGCAGCCGGCCCCGCAGCCUCCGAGACCGCCCCGCCCCUCGACAGUAGCGGGCGGAGGGGACGCCCAGGACGCGGGACGGCUGCGCCAUGACGGCUGAGAGCCGGCCGCCGCCGCCGCCGCCUCAGACGGAGGUGCUGGCGGCCGUGAAGGAGGAGCGCAGUGAGGCGGCGACCGGGGUCCCAACGGAGGCCACGGGUCGCGGCACCGGUGGGCGUCGGCGGAAGCGCCCCCUGCAGCGCGGAAAGCCACCCUACAGCUACAUUGCGCUCAUUGCCAUGGCCAUUGCGCACGCGCCUGAGCGCCGCCUCACGCUAGGCGGCAUCUACAAGUUCAUUACGGAGCGUUUCCCCUUUUACCGCGACAACCCCAAAAAGUGGCAGAACAGCAUCCGCCACAACCUGACGCUCAACGACUGCUUCCUCAAGAUCCCGCGCGAGGCUGGCCGUCCAGGCAAGGGCAACUACUGGGCGCUCGACCCCAACGCCGAGGACAUGUUCGAGAGCGGCAGCUUCCUGCGCCGCCGCAAGCGCUUCAAGCGCUCGGACCUCUCCACUUACCCAGCCUACAUGCACGACGCGGCGGCCGCCGCCGCCGCUGCCGCCGCCGCCGCCGCUGCCGCCAUCUUCCCGGGAGCAGUGCCCGCUGCGCGCCCGUCUUACCCCGGCGCCGUCUACGCAGGCUAUGCCCCGCCGACGCUUACCGCGCCGCCCCCUGUCUACUACCCCGCUGCGUCGCCAGGACCGUGCCGCGUCUUCGGCCUGGUGCCUGAACGGCCACUCAGUCCAGAACUGGGCCCCGCGACGUCGGGGCCCGCGGGUUCCUGCGCCUUUGCCUCGGCCAGCGCCUCUGCAGCCACCACCGGCUACCAGCCUGCAGGCUGCGCGGGGGCCCGACCUACCAACCCCUCUGCCUACGCGGCCGCCUACGCAGGCCCCGAUGGCGCGUACCCGCAGGGCGCAGGCAGUGCCCUCUUCGCAGCGGCUGGCCGGCUGGCGGGGCCCGCCUCGCCCCCCGCGGGUGGCAGCAGUGGUGGCGUUGAGACCGCAGUGGACUUCUAUGGGCGCACAUCGCCCGGCCAGUUUGGAGCGCUGGGGCCUUGCUACAAUCCUGGGGGGCAGCUCGGAGCCGGCAGUGGAGGCGCCUAUCAUGCUCGCCAUGCGACUGCCUAUCCUGGCGGGGUGGAUCGAUAUGUGUCCGCCAUGUGAGCCGAGCUUUCGGUCGAAAAUUCAUAGAUACCUCGGCUCUCCACAUGAACUAAGUUUCCCUGAGACCUGAGAACAGGACUGAAUAGAGGAUUUGAGAGCCACGUGGAAGGGACAGAGAGGGCAGGAGAGGCAUACAUAGCCUCCCAGGGCACCGCGUACACACCGGUCCGCUUUGGAAAUGGGAGGAUGUGGGGAGAGGCAGCGAGGGCCCACGGACUGGGACAAAGGACCCUCAGUAAGGCGAAGCUCCAAAGGACAUGCCUUUCACAUUCUACUGGGGAGGGUACUUGGCGAUAAUGGGGGCGCAGCGUAGUGCGUACACCAGAGUCUAGGUCUGAACUGUGGGGAAUCACCACCAUGUCUUCACUCAUCCCUGUAUUGCAGAAACUCGGCCGGCCUUUUACACGGUUCUGCUUCUUGCGCCUUUGAUUCCUACAGCAAAGGCUCCAAUAGCGCCUUCCUUAAGGUGAGGAAGAUGAGUUUGCAAAAGA